AUGUCCCUCGAGGAUGCGGUGAGGCCAUCCCAUCCUUCACGAUACCAUGACGAAGAUACGAGUCCGACGACUCAACGUGAGCUGAGAGGCUGGUAUUCGUACGCGAUCGCGGCUGAGGUUUUCGCCGUAGUAGGAGUUGGCCUCUUCUUACCGGUUCUACUCGAACAGCUUCCACGAGAGAGAGGUGUUCUUUUCUCGGACAGUUCGAAGCCAUGUGUGGACCCACCCGGAUCCGGAGAUGCCGGGAGGUUUCGAGCAAGAGCAGGUGGCUCCGAUAGUGAUGAUCAAUGCAUCGUGAGGUUUCUGGGUAGCGAAGUGACGACAACAUCGUUUGCGAUGUACACGACAUCCGCUGCGGUGUUGUUUCAGGCAAUUACUUUGAUAUGUUUCAGCUCGUUCGCUGAUUACGGACCGUAUCGAAAGAAAUUACUUCUGACAUUUGCGUACACUGGGGCAACGGUCUGCUCCUUAUUUGUUUUCAUAACGUCCAGCGUGUAUUUCCUCGCACCGUUCUUAGUUGUUAUCGGCGUCACUUGUCUCGGCAGUGGCUUCAGUCUUCUCAACGCCUUCUUACCUCUACUAGUAUCCAACCACCCUUCGCAUGGAAAAUCAUUUUCCUCAGACGACUCCUCAGAAUAUGAGCUUGAAGGGCUCAAUCGGCGCGACUCCGCAAACUCAGCGCAUAGUUUUCAUCCAGACAAGGCUGAUAAGCUCACUGAGGAUCUCGAGCGAUCAUCCAAGAUCUCCUCCAAAGGCGUUGGUCUCGGCUACGCCUCAGCCGUUGGCUUCCAAUUCUUCAGUGUUGGCGUUAUCAUCGCCUUCGAUAAGCUUGGUCUCUCGAAAGGCAACCCUACGCUUCCUAUGCGCGUUAUUCUUUUCCUAGUCGGCAUCUGGUGGGCCCUUUUCACCAUCCCUACGCUCCUCUGGCUGCGCCCUCGACCCGGCCCACCGCUCCCUACGCAGCCGGAACACAGCAGCAUCUUCACCGGCCUAAACAGUCCUCUCAUCUUCUACCUCUCCUUCUCGGUCCGCUCAUUCUGGAACACUCUGAGGCGCGCUUCACGUCUCCGCCAGACUCUGAUAUUUCUUGCAGCAUGGUUUCUCCUCUCCGACGCCGUCGCCACCAUUUCCGGCACCGCGAUCCUCUUUGCGCGCACAGAGCUACACAUGGGCACCAUUCCGCUCGUCUUCCUAUCCCUGACCUCCAUUGGUUUCAGUAUGAUCGGUGCGUUCCUAUGGCCUCGCGUCGCCGCGCACUAUGCCUUAUCUCCGAAAACGGUACUGAUAGCUUGUACUGUCGGCAUGGAGAUCAUCCCCCUGUACGGCCUCCUAGGCUACAUUCCCAUCAUCAAAACCCUCGGCGUAGGCGGCAUCCAGAAGCCUUUCGAGAUUUACCCCAUCGGCGUCAUACAUGGACUCGUCAUGGGUGGCAUCUCGUCGUAUGCUCGUAGCGUGUACGCACCACUUAUUCCUGAAGGUAGUGAAGCAGCAUUCUUUGCGUUGUAUGCGGUGACGGAUAAGGGGAGUAGUGCCGUUGGGCCGGCACUUGUGGGGUGGAUCGUCAAUCGCGCAGGAACGAUCAGGCCCGCGUUCAUUUUCCUGGCCAUCCUGGUCGUUCUACCAGGCCCAUUGCUCUGGUGGUUGGAUGUUGAGAAGGGCAGGGAAGAGGCCAGUCGGCUAGCGGGAGAGCGAGACGCUGUCACUGUAGGCGGCUACGCCAGAGUGGGCGAAGACAAUAGGGAGGAUUGA